UAAAUCGGUUUCAUUUCUUAGCAGCAACUUCCCUUUAAACUAGCACCAAUAAUAUACUUCAAAUUUAAGUUGUCAUUAUCCAUACCUAAACCUUCAAUUUUUUUUUCUGGUGAACAUUCAAAUUUAAGUUGUCGAUUUUUCGACAAAAGUCUUCUGAAGAGAUGGUUCGCUAAUAAAUGUAACGGUUAGUGGCGCCCAACUUAAUUUCCUCCCUGCCUAAGACUUUUUUGUGCUACGAUCAAUUAUCAAUUAUCAUAAUUCAUAAUUCAGAAUUCAUGGUGUCUUCUCCAAACAAAACUUCACCAUUUUUUUUUUCUUUCUCUCUCCUCCGAUCAAACCCAUACGACACGCCGAUAAUUCAACAUUCUUCAUUUUGAACAAACCCAUUAAGUCUUAGACUAAACCCAAGUACUACUUCAUUGACUUAAUAAAUUCAUGAUUGAUCGUGUUUUUGGAGUUUGAAUUGACUCUGCAAAAAUUACUAUAAAUUUCUCAGCUUUGUAAAAAGUUCAUACUAUUAAGCUUCAUUUUAGUAGUCUUGUUAGUGAUUGAGGUUUUCUGGGGUUGUUUUUGCAUAAGUUGUUUUUUAUGCACAUAAACUGUUUGAUAUUUGGAGUCACAGAAAAUUUUUCAGGUAAGAAAAUUUGGGGAGCUGGGUUUGUUGUCUGUUUUCAGGUAAGAUCAUGAGUUGCUUUUUUUGUGGUUCAUCAUCCCAAAUCAGCAAAGCAUUGAAAAGGAUUAACAGCAAAGCGAGGCGGCCGCCCUCUGUUUCGACUCUGUUGCCCAGAAGACAAUCACAGCUUGACGACAAAGAAUUAAAUACAGCUGAAAGGGCUAAUAAAGAUAGUGGUCCAACCAUCAAGCAAGAAAUUUUUACUUUCCAAGCACUAACUGAUGCAACCGAGAAUUUCAGUCAAGAAUGUUUGAUAGAUGUAGGCAGCUUUGGGAAUGUUUAUACAGGGAAACUCGGAGAAACUGAAGAGAUAGUAGCUGUCGAGAAAUUGGACAGUAAUGGAUCACGAGGACACAGAGAAUUUCUUUCACAGGUGUUGAUGCUGAGCCUCCUUAAUCAUCCAAAUCUGAUAAAACUUAUAGGAUACUGUGCUGAAGGGGAUGAGAGACUUCUAGUACGUGAAUAUCUACCUUUGGGAUCCCUGGACCAGCAUCUUCAUGACAGAUCAUCCAAGCACAAACCCUUAGAUGAUUAUACAAGAAUGAAAAUAGCACUGGGGACUGCUAGAGGUCUAGAAUACAUACACCAUACAGCUGUCCCCUCUGUAAUUUACCGCAACCUGAAACCCUCCAACAUCUUACUAGACAAUGAAUUCAAUGCUAAGCUCUCUGACUUCGGGCUAUCUAAGCUUGGACCUUCCGAUGACAAAACACAUGUCUCCGCAAAGGUAAUGGGAACCUUUGGCUACAUUGCACCUGAGUACGAGAAAAAUGGUCUGUUGACUGUGAAGGCAGAUGUAUAUAGCUUUGGAGUUGUUUUAUUAGAGUUGAUCACAGGGCGAAGAGCUGUUGACAUCACAAGGCAAGCUAAUGAGCAGCAUCUGGUCUCUUGGGCCCAUCGGAUAUUAAAGGAACCAAAGAAGUUUCAAGAGUUAGCUGACCCACUUCUUGAGGGGAAUUUCCCAGCUAAAGGAUUAAACGAAGCACUCGCCGUGGCAGCAAUGUGUCUCCAGAAAGAACAAACAGCACGACCCAUGAUGAGCGAUGUGGUCACAGCCAUCAUGUAUCUCACAUCAGAUAACCUUAAUCACAAUACAGCGUCUCCUCCUUACGAACAUUGUGUAAAGCCUAAUAACAUGAUGAUGGAUACCAAUGAAUUUGAUCAUGGAAAUAGCGUUGACGUGCUCCCUUCAACUCAGAGCCUGAAGACUGAAUAGCCUGUAACAUCAUUUUUUUUUGUAUUUUUCUCUCAUUUUCUUUCCUCUCUUUGAGUCUUUGUAGAAUAUCUCAUGUGUAUAACCAAAAGAUUUCGGCUUGCUUUUUUGUCUUUUGCUUUUUAUUGGCUGAUUAUUGCCUUUGGCUUUAUUUAAACUAUCAUCCCUCGAUGAAAAGAUAUUGUUUGUUAGAUGUAAAUUACUAUGACUUACAAUAUAUCUUGUAUGUAUGUUUGUCUA